UUUCUAGAUAAACCUCACUCCCAUGGAACUCUUGAGUGUGCAGCAGGGCAGGUCCCUUUGCAGGAUCAUGGCCUGCCUGCCUUGCCUUCUCGCCUGAGUUCAAACAAUGCUCUUUAGAUAAUUUUAUUUCUGUUGCAAGAAAAGUUUAACUCUUCAGUGUCUUUGUGAGACAAAGAAGUAUGUGCUUAUAAACAUUGGCAAAGAUGCGGGGUUGUUAGUCUACUUCAGGAAAGACAAAAUAUUCUUGCAUAGAUGUAUUAUCUGCGCUGAUUUUUCUCUCUGUAUGUUAUAGAUGAGUUCUAUAUAAAGUUUAGUAGAUAAAUUUUGAUAACUGAGCUAUUUUAAUAAUGUGUUAAUCUUCUUAACUGAACACAUCAGAUGUUUGAAACUAAACUUAAUAAUUUCCCUUCUUCCCUAUAGAAAAAUCUUAUUUAUCCAGGAUCCUCUAUUUCAUCUAUUACAGCUUAUGAGUAGGUGGCUUACAAUGAAAAAUGAUGGUUAAUAUUAUAAGAAUGUUCAACCCACUAAGUGCAUUUUGACAGGCUUUGAUGGCUUGAAAUCAGUCUUUGUAGUCAGAAUGGAUUACCAGAUUUAUUUAGUUGCCACAGCAUGUUUUUGAGUUUAUGCUUUGUAAGUAAAUAUUUUGCUUAUUUAUACCAAAAGCCGUUGUAGUUAAGCACUUGCAGGGGUAUUUUCAAAACUGCUUGGCAGCUUUUAAAGCUCCCGCUAAAGCCAUGAUGAGAUUCCCACUGGGAAACAAAGGCCAGUGUGAGCACAUAUGAAACAACUUCUAUACUUAAUUCUUUGCAGAAAAACAGAAAAGCUACAGUUCAGCGUCAGAAAUUAACAUAAGCACAACCACCUGGAGGUUUAUUCAUGGAUAAAAACAAUGGGAUUUAUCUUUGUAUCCUUUGUUCUUUAUUCAUGCUGGAAUAAUGAAGGAGUAGUGAAGCAAGAUAGCAUUAGGAUUCAGUUUAUGUAGAUUAUUCCUGUUUCCACGUUCCCAUGUGGUUCACCGUGAGAUGCUGUACAGUGGGUCUGGCCUGAUUAGGCAGCUCAAUUAGCCCUGAUAUUGCACUAAAAUUUUUCCCAUAAUGUCCCGAAGAAGCAGAGCAGUGGCUUCACAGGGCACAGAACAGGCAGGCCAGGAGAACCAUUGAAUAUUUUAUGUGCAGACUCUCCACAGGGAACCCAGAUGUGCAUUUGUAGGUGGAGUGGCAACAGACCAACUACUUUCAUGCCCAGAAGAGCUGUCAGUGCCAGGCUGGUGCUGUGAUCCGUGCCCCUUCCUGUUACUGUGCUCAGGGGGACUGGCAGGGCCUGCUGAGUUCCUUGGAAAUGAAUUGUUCCAUGGCAGUAAUUGACAGAUCACUUCCUGGUACGACAGCUGCUGAAUGUGCAUCAAACUUAAAGAAGAUUUAUACAGUACGAACAGUGCAGGAUUUCUGGAGUGUCUACAACAACAUUCCUCCUGUGACAAAUUUGCCUCUGAGAUGUAGUUACCAUUUAAUGCGGGGAGAAAGACGCCCACUCUGGGAAGAAGAAAGCAAUGCCAAAGGAGGUAUAUGGAAAAUGAAGGUCCCUAAAGAAAGUACGGCUGCAGUUUGGAAAGAGCUACUGCUGGCAACUAUUGGAGAGCAAUUUACAGAUUGUUGUGCAGCAGAAGAUGAAGUAAUAGGGGUUAGUGUCAGUGUUCGGGACCGUGAAGAUGUUGUGCAAGUCUGGAACGUGAAUGCCUCUUCAGCAAGUGAAGCAAAAGUUCUGGAAAAGAUUCACAAACUUCUGCCACACACAUCUUUUAAGGCAGUCUUCUAUAAACCCCACAGAGAGCAUCAUGCUUUCGAAGGCUGACAUGGAAAGCAUUAAGUGCAGUGUGUGCCAAGCUCAUUUGUUGUUCUUUGGUGUUUUGAGGUGGUCUGGACAAGGAGGAGAAUGGUGGAAGCCCUGCAGAAGUGCUACAUGCAGAUGUUCCUUUUGAGUUUCUGACAUUUCAAACUGGGCUAUUGCUGUUGAAAAUGAAGAAAAACAGUUGCCUUGACUGCUAAAUGUGCAAUUCAUCAUUUCAUCUUGAGUUGACAUUUUUAAUUCUUCAUUGUUUCUUUUAAAAGAUAUUUUGGCCACUUGUUUUUUGCAACCUGAUUCUAUAUUCCCAUUUCAUUAAGAUAGCAGGCUUUCUUUCCUUCUGUACUGUACUUAGUGAAAAGCAAACAUGCACAGAGAUGCUGCACUGCUUCUCUGAGAUGUGCUCUGCAUAGAGGAAUGCUGGCUUGGGGAAAUGUGUUUUCAAUUUUCACUUUGAGACAUUCCUAUCAUGUUAAGAUUUACUCACUGAUUUUGUCCCAAGAGAGAAAGAAAUUGCACUGCAUUUAUUCUAAUAUUCUAAUAGUCAGUGUAAUCUGGUCAUGCACUGACAACAGCACACAUACUGUAAAUGUAAAUAGAAAAGAGUUCAUUAAAUUAUAUUCAUUAUGUUGGGACUAACGCUGUGUGGGAUGACGUUAGUGUCUUUUAAUUGUAUUGAUUUCAGAAGAACCCUCGUUCAGGCUAGAAUGAGAAUUUUUUUGGUAGGAAAACCUGCAAACUCCACCCCAUCUUAUUUAAGAAGCGAUGGGGUGUUUAUGUUUUUAUAUUGUAUGCUUUCUUAUGGUACAUUUCUGUACAUUCAUGAAGAAGUGUAAUGAAUAAUUUCUAAUGUGUUUUACAAACUGGAUCCAUCCCUCCCACUUCCAGGAGUACUUCAGGCCCAUGUCUGCACCCACUAGGUCAGUAUCAGAAUUGCUGCUGACUUCAGUGCUAAGGAAGAGGCUCCCUCAUCUGUAGUUUCAAGCCAUGAAAACUUCCUAAGUGACCUUUUUAAAACAAACAAAAAAUACAGAAAAGUAAUAGAUUGUGUUGCAGCAAGAAUAGAAAUAUAAACAGUGUUAACCUUUAAGUGUUUGUCUAUUUUAACUAUUUGAGGUGCUUUAAUAUACUACCAAAGAUUGAUUUAGUUCCCCUUACGAGAAGAAGCUGCAAGGUAGAGAUGACUGUACCACUAAGCACUCCUUCCUCUUUUAGAGGUUUUUGUUUGGCAGCUGUUCAAGUUGCACUAAUUUCCACAUACUAAGGAGACAACCAUAAAAAUCAAAUAAAUUUAAAAAUAAGUAUCACAUAUUUGAGCUUUUUUUUUUUACAACUUUAUCUUGUAUUUACAACUUUAACUUGUAUUUAUGAACUGUGUAGUUAAUGAGUAUUAUCAAUUAAACACAUUUUCUAAAGUCCAAA